AUGGACGAAGCUUGUGAUUAUGAAAGUGAAAUACCCAUUUGGCAAGAGCCCCGAUGUGAGCCACUUGGGGCUCCAAAGGAAAACCUCUGCGAUGAAAAUACACCAGAACAUGUGUCUGGUGAUCGAAUACAUGCCCUUGAAGAGGAGCAAGAAAUAUUAUCAUCAUCCGUCUUCUCACUCACAUCGCACCUCGCUCAGGUUGAAUUUCGCUUACGACAGAUUCUGAAAGCGCCACCGGAAGAAAAAGAUGCCAUGCUUAAAGAACUUGAAGAGUUUACGUCUCGUGGUGUCCCAGAUUCAAGGAGCGCACCUCAAGGGAGCUCUGGCGAGACAACUUGUAACGAGUGUGUGGAAUUAGAAAGAAAAAUGAAAAGGCAGCGCGCUCGUCAAUCUCAUUUCAUAGAAAGACUUAAGUCACAAUUGAAGGAAUUAGAAAGGUUUGCUGCAGAUCCCAAUUCAGAGUCAGGAGACAGCACACACAGGACACUGAUAGAACAUUUGAGAAGUGAAAUUGAUCGCAGUCUGGAAGAAGGCUGCCAUCAACCUUUAAGUGCCGAGGAAUUGCGACACCAGAUCAAUUGUGCUGUCCGACAGUAUACUGACAGGCAAUUAUCAAAAGAAGAAAUUAUUGGUAAGUUACAAACGCAUAUAGAAGAUAUGCAGAAGUUUAUAAAAUUGGUAAAAAAUGAUGAUUUGACAAAUAAUGGAAAAACAAAUCUGGAAACAAAGAAAGUGAGAAAGUCAGAGUCAUUUGAUAAGAAUUAUCCUCGUAAUAAAGUAAAUGACGAGUUAAAGGCAGAAACUAUAAAUCUUAUGAGAAAAGCAUCGACAUUAAUUCAAAUUUUUACAGUAUCACAAUUUGGUUGCUCUCCAAAUACAAAAAAGAAGUAUAAGAAUUCAUCUCCAGUUGUAACUCAUUGGGGCAACCUUAGAGCCAAGCUCGAAAUGUCAAUUGAUGCAGUAUUACAUUUGGUAUCCCGAGACCGACAAUCAAACUCUAUCAUUGACAGUUAUGACAGUGAUUCUGAAGAAGGUGCUAUAAUCAUCAAUGAUGCCCCACUAACAACAGCAGUUCGAAGGCAUUUAGCUGUUAACUUACGAGAUUUACUGCAGCAUGGUCUAGUUGGACCUGAAUCAACAUCCCUUGUACCAAUUAUAGGCUGCUUCCACGUUCGUAGAUCUUCCAUGUCCCAUUCGAUACAUGUUUGGGAGCUAAUUUUGCGUUAUUAUGAACUGAAUGAUGGGGACAGAUUUAACUCUACUCCAGCUAGGAAAUUAAGCCAAAGCUUUAACUUAGAUAUAGUUGGAGGAACAGCAAUAACAAAUAAACAAAGUUUGUUAAGUACAAUAGGCAGUAUUUUGUCAUCACAUGCACCAUACAAACGGAGUUACGAUGCACACUUUAAGGCAUUUGUUUGUGCUGCCUUAAACACCCACAAGCUUGUUCAAUGGCUGAAUACUAUGUUGAAAUGUAGAUCAUUGAUUGAUACAUAUUAUUCCUCAACUAGCUAUGUUGUAAACACUGGGUUCCAAGAUGCCUUGCAAAGUCUAGACCGUCUUACACCCUACAACUUUGACUUGCCAGUUGAUCUAGCUGUUAAACAAUUUCAAAAUAUCAAAGAUGUAUUUAUGUAA